AUGCCUGUGGAUAGUCCAGAAGCCAUUCAAACCGCUGGUUUGACAGACCUACCCAACGAUGGCGGUCGACGUGAAUCUGUCACCAAGGCUGGCAUGGAAACGAUCGCUCUAAGAAGGCUUUCGGAAUAUGACAACCUGCCCACUGAAGCCGAGCUCCAUGGACCUACCGCCCUGCGUAGGAUAGCAGCCCCAAUCCCAUGGGCGGUUUAUACAGUCGCAUUUGUUGAAUUAUGCGAGCGAUUCUCCUACUACGGCACCCAGGUUGUUUACUCGAACUUUGUGAACCAUGCAUUGCCUCUUCCUGCACCAGACGGACCACCAGGCUCUCACCACAACACCGGUGCAGGAGGUGGAUCUGCCCAGGGUAUCUCCGGAGCCCUUGGACAAGGGCCACAAACUGCUAACGGGAUAAACACCUUUAACACCUUUUGGGUGUACUGCGUUCCUCUUCUCGGCGCAUGGAUUGCCGACGAGCACUGGGGAAGAUACAAGACCAUCUGUGUCUCUAUCGGAAUCGCCAUCGUCGGCCACAUCAUCCUCGUCCUGUCAGCCAUUCCUCCGGUCAUCACCCACCAGAACGCUUGCUACGCUCUAUUCAUGAUUGGGAUUAUUGUCAUGGGUCUAGGAACCGGUGGCUUUAAACCAAACAUUUCUCCACUGGUUGUCGAGCAAAUUGAGAUCACCAGAGCUUACGUCAAGACCUUGCCCUCCGGAGAGCGAGUGGUGGUUGACCCAAUCAUUACCCAGAGCAGAAUCUACCAUUAUUUCUAUCUUUUCAUCAAUGUAGGCGCUCUCAUCGGCCAAAUUGGAAUGGUCUACGCGGAGAAGUAUGUUGGAUUUUGGCUUUCCUUCCUUCUCCCAACGGCCGCAUUCCUCACAACCCCAGCCAUCAUGUGGUGGGGACGCAAGCGUUACCAACAAAGGCCCCCAGCUGGAUCUGUGGUUACCAAGGCCUUCAAAGUUCUCUUUUAUGGCAUGAAGGGCCGCUGGUCGCUGAAUCCCGUCACAAUGUGGAAGCGCACCCACGAUGGUUCUCUGUGGGAGGGAGCUAAGCCCUCUAAUAUUCCUCCUUCUCAACGACCAACAUGGAUGACCUUUGACGACGCCUGGGUCGAUGAGGUCCGUCGUGGCUUUGCUGCUUGUGCUGUCUUCUGCUGGUAUCCCCUGUACUGGUUGGCCUAUGGGCAACUUACCAACAACUUCACUGCUCAAGCUGGUACCAUGACUCUGCACGGUGUUCCAAAUGAUGUCGUCAACAAUCUUGAUCCAUUCGCCUUGAUCCUCUUUAUCCCACUCUGCGAUUCCUUCCUGUAUCCUGGUCUUCGGAAAAUGGGCAUCCGGUUUACCGCCAUUAAGAAGAUUACUGUUGGUUUCUGGACAGCAGCCGCAGCCAUGAUCUGGGCGGCCGUCGUUCAAUAUUAUAUUUACAAGACCUCUCCAUGUGGCUUUGAUGCAAACAAUUGCUUCAACGACGAUGGUACUGUGAACCCUGCACCAAUCAACGUCUGGGCCCAAACAGGCUGCUAUGUGCUCAUCGCCCUGUCCGAGAUCUUUGCCUCCAUUACAUCGCUUGAGUAUGCUUACUCAAAGGCACCAAAGAACAUGCGAUCACUUGUGCAAGCUAUCGCACUCUUCACCAACGCCAUCUCCGCCGCCAUCGCAGAGGCAUUGAAUCCUCUCGCCGGAGAUCCUUUGUUGAUCUGGAACUAUGGAGUCUUUGCCGUUGUGUCCUUCAUUGGUGGUUGCAUCUUCAUCGUCCAAUUCUGGUCGCUCGACAAGGAAGAAGAUCAACUUAAUUUGCUGCCCGAAGGCCACGUCGUUGCUGUGAAGGACAUCGAGGAAAUCUCAAUCACUGAUGAACCUGCCCCAACCACAAUCCACGAGAAGCUAUGA